AUGACUUCCAUGGAUCUUCGCGUAGGCGGAAAGUACAGGAUCGGGAAAAAGAUUGGAAGCGGUUCUUUCGGUGAUAUCUACCUCGGUGUCAACAUUGUCUCUGGCGAAGAGGUUGCCAUCAAGCUCGAGUCUGUCAAGGCCAAGCACCCCCAGCUCGAGUACGAGUCCAAGGUCUACAAGACCCUCGCCGGUGGUGUCGGUAUCCCCUUUGUCAGAUGGUACGGUACCGAGUGCGAUUACAAUGCCAUGGUCCUCGAUCUCCUUGGCCCGUCCCUUGAAGAUCUCUUCAACUUUUGCAACCGAAAGUUUUCCCUCAAAACCGCCCUCCUCCUCGCCGACCAGCUCAUCUCGCGUGUCGAGUACAUUCACUCUCGAAACUUUAUCCACCGUGAUAUCAAGCCCGACAAUUUCUUGAUGGGCGUCGGCAAGCGAGGCAAUCAAGUAAAUGUUAUCGACUUUGGGUUGGCCAAAAAGUACAGGGACCCCAAAACCCACUUGCAUAUCCCCUACAGGGAGAACAAGAACUUGACGGGUACCGCCCGAUACACCUCUAUCAACACGCAUUUGGGUGUCGAGCAGAGUCGAAGGGACGAUCUCGAGUCUUUGGGUUACGUCUUGAUGUACUUUCUCCGUGGCCAACUUCCUUGGCAGGGUCUCAAGGCUGCUACCAAGAAGCAAAAGUAUGACCGAAUCAUGGAGAAGAAGAUGACCACCCCCACCGAGGUCCUCUGCCGAGGUUACCCCAACGAGUUUGCCAUCUACCUCAACUACUGCCGCUCGCUUCGAUUCGAUGACAAGCCCGACUACUCUUACCUCCGCAAGCUCUUCCGUGACCUCUUUGUCCGUGAAGGCUUCCAGUACGACUAUGUCUUUGACUGGUCUGUGCAGCCCAAGAGCAGCGGGUCCGGAUCUGGCACGGCCGGGGAUGAUCACAUGGGUCAGCAUAUUCUUUCUGGUGGCAAGAGACGAGUAGUGCCUAACGACGGUGGUGUAGCACAGGCGCAAGAUAGUCAGAGGCAACUUCGAAGCCAAACUAGGGCGAGGGACACUGGUGGUUGGUGA